CUUCCUUCGACCUCCAAGGUAUGUAUAACAUACGUUGUCGCUAUCAACCGCGGUCAAGAGUGAACCUCAGAGAAUUUAGAAUAUGUUUUGUGAAAUAAAGACCAGCUCAACUGUUCCAAAGACUCACGUAAUCCACCUCCCCCAUACGGAGUACAGACCCCCUUUCCCGGCGACUUAAACUUGAGACUAGCUAUGGCUGCCUCGAAACGUCGGAACCAUCCAGCUGCGGAGCCUGGUCCGGACAGCCACAACAACAGCGAUGAUAAUAAUAUUAACGGCGAAUCAGCUUCUGAGCUUCCUACAAAUGCUGAGGACCGUGCCGCGGCGGCUGCGCUCUCCUCUCUCAACACCGCCAAUGAAACUUCCGCCUCCGAACACGACAGAGACGUCCCCGCGGGAGCGGUUGUUCCCUCUGCAGCUGACCAAGAGGCUCUGGGUAAGGCGAUGAGCAGGUUGGAGAUUAUCGCGGGGAUGGGGAAAGCUGGCGGUUCAAGUGCAGGUGCUGCUAUGGGGACUGGGAAAAAGGAUGCGGAAGUGAAGAAAACUAAGGCCGAGGAGAAACCGGACGCGGGGGAGGUCGAGAAGGCGGUGAAGAAGAAGGUGGUAAAGGUUACGGCGGAGGAUGUUGGGCUCUUGGUGGAUCAGCUUGAUCUUACAAAAGUAAAAGCUACGGAACUCUUGAAAACACACGAGGGAGACUCAAUCAAAGCUAUUCGCGCAUACAUUGCUCCUCCGGCAGCGUGAUAACAGGGAACAAGGAAUGGAAAAUCGUUCGAUGGAUAAGGCCUAUCAGCGUCAUCAGAUGUCUCGGCUCCGUCAACCUAGGACAUAUUAAGGCAUUACCUUCAAUUUAGAAAGGCGUCAACACUUGGGGGACAUGGACACAGUCAUUAUCUCAGUGAUCCUAGGGCCUUUGGAGGACGCAAUGCACUACAAUCAUGAAUAACUGGGGAAUAUGUCUCCCACCUUCCAAAGGGACGUACAUUUUGUUAUAUGGUCCAUUUCCAGGGUUCUUUCAUAAAUGAAUGAGCAAGACUCAGAGGACCCGGACUCAGAAGACCCUGACACUAUACAGAAGUAUAUUCGGUAGCAGAGUAUGACGACGUUGACCAACAGGAAGCAUCCUUUUUGUGUGUUUUGGAAGAUCCAUGUAUAUGAUUUAGCUACUACGGGUAUAACUUCGAGGUCAUUAGCGUUCCGUAUUUCCAAGAGAUCAACAUAUGUAUCCCAUUAUCCCAAUAUGACAAUCCAAGUAGAUAGACUAAAAAACAUAUAUAAGUAGUGCAGCAUUUCCAUAAUCAUAGUCUCAUCAUAAGAUCAAGGUCCAAUGUCAUAAUUAAAACGGACCUACGAUAUACCUCAUCUGCUCCUUCGAUGCUCGGAACCUCCAGUUGCAUGAUUUUGUUCGAGUUUUUUCUCUUCAAUCCCACGGCCCUCGAAUAUAGUCCAAGUAAGGCCCCAUCCCAAAAACGCCAGAACUGCAAGAGCCCACCAAACCGCACCAAAAAUAUUAUAUUUGAGCCCCAUCCCC